UCCUAGUUCACACACAAAAAACAAAACAAUGGAGGACUCUAGAAAACACGGUGAGAGCAAAACUAAACUUUUGAAUCCAUGGAUGCUCAACUUCCAGAAACUCGGUCUCGAACUCAAGUGCCCUCUCUGUCUGAGCUUGUUCAAGAGGCCAAUGUUACUGCCGUGCAACCACUUGUUCUGCAAUUCCUGUUUGGAUGAUUGCACAACGGCUAGAUCUGAAUGUGCUGUCUGCAAGGCUCAGUAUGCUCAAAUAGAUGUAAGGCAUGUGCCUUUUGUGGAAAACAUGGUAGCAAUCUAUAGAAGCUUGGAUGCCACCUUUUGUGCUAAUCUGUUUCAGCAACGUUCUUCUGAUGAUGUGAGGGUUUUGAAGCCAUGCCAAGCAUUUCCCAAGUCAACUUAUUGUGAUAAAAAGGCUGUUAAGAUUCCACUGAAUUUACCAAGUUCUAAUGAGGUUGGGGUUUGCAAGAAUCACAAAUCCAAUAUUGCAGUGUACCAUAAAGCUGAGGAGCUGGAUAUGUGUUGCGGGGGAGGGGUUGACUUUUGUAGUGCAGGGAAGCCUAAUCCAACGCAAUCUUCCCUGAUGGAAAUUGGGGACCGUGAAGACUGUGGAGUUAUGGAAAUGGAUGUGAAUUUAGUGACACAAUCAGCACCAGGCAGCUCUCCCUUUUGUGAUACCAAAGGUUCAGAUAUUGACUGCAGUGAUCAAGACAGUGAGCAUCCGUUGCCUCCUGAGAGAUUGGAAGAUUAUUCAUUGAAGAGAGCAGGUACUGGAAAUGGAAAUUUAAAAAAAAGAAUGGCACAGUUCAGGCCUGAAAGUUCGGCCUCUGAAACAGAGGGUCUUACGAGAGAGCUGAAGAGACAAAAAAAUAUUACCUUUGGAGAUGAUCAUAUUCAACAUAGCACCACACAUCAUAAUAAGCUUGUGGGUUCCCACUCUGGUCAGGACGUUAAUUUUGCAAAGGACCCUGGUGCACCGAUGCCCGCAAAUGCACCAAAUGACUUGUAUCCAAGCACAAGUAUCUGUUCUUUUUGCCAAUCCUCUAAAACCUCAGAGGUUACCGGGCCAAUGCUGCAUUAUGCAAAUGGGAGUUCAGUUACAGGAGAUGCAGCAAUGCAACCAAAUGUCAUACAUGUGCAUAGGAUUUGCAUUGAUUGGGCACCACAAGUGUAUUUUGUUGACGAAGCUAUUAAGAAUUUGAAGGCUGAAGUAGCUAGGGGAGCAAAGCUUAAAUGCAGCAAAUGUGGUCUAAAGGGAGCUGCUCUCGGCUGCUACGUCAAAUCCUGUAGAAGAACUUAUCAUGUUCCUUGUGCAAUGGAUAUCUCAACAUGCCGCUGGCAUCAUGGGGAUUUUCUCUUGCUCUGUCCUGUUCAUUCUAAUGUCAGAUUUCCAAAUGAGAAAUCAAGGCCUAGAAAACACUCAACUGAGAAGCAUCUUGCUUCAUCUCAACUGCCAUUUCAGCAGUUAAACCCUCUGGAAGCUUCGCAGGAUGAUGGUCAAAAAUUGGUUUUUUGUGGAUCUGCUCUAUCAACCGAUGAAAAGGUACAUUUGAUCAAUUUUGCAAGCAGGGUUGGUGCUACAGUGACCAAGUCCUGGACCUCAGAUGUCACCCAUGUGAUUGCAGCAACUGAUGCAAAUGGAGCUUGCUGCAGGACACUGAAAGUUCUCAUGGGAAUUCUAAAUGGACGAUGGAUUGUAAAAAUGGACUGGAUAAAAGCAUCCAUGGAAGCAAUGAAUCCAGUAGAAGAAGAACCAUAUGAAAUUAGUCUCGACAACCAUGGGUGUUAUGGUGGCCCAAAAGCUGGCCGACUUCGGGCAUUGGCCAAUGAGCCAAAGCUAUUCAGUGGCUUAAAGUUUUAUUUUUCUGGGGAUUAUGUGUCGAUUAAAAAGGAAAAUCUUGAAGACUUAGUUAAAGGGGGCGGAGGUUCUGUUUUGAAAAGCAAGGAUGAAUUGGAAGCAAAAAGACAUGAGUGCGAAAUUGCUUCAAAGUUGCUGGUUGUUUACGAUCCUAAUCCCCCACAAGGAUGUAAGUUGGGCGAUGAAGUUUCAAUUAUUUGGCAGAGACUGAAUGAAGCAGACGAGUUAGCUGCUAAUACUGGUUACCAAGUCAUUGAUUACACGUGGAUUCUGGAGUCAAUUGCUGCAUUUAAGUUGCAGCCUUUUGUUAGCUAAAAUGCAAUGGAUUCUGUUUUUGUUUUGUUCAGUCGUGUACAGGAUUUCAAUAGAAUUUAUAUCUUGCUUGCCAGUUAGGU